AUGGCCUUCCAUUGUAAUGUUUGCGACCGAUCUUUUGGCACCGAGGAGGCUUUACAACAACACCUACGCAACUCUCCUGUUCAUGCACCGUCGUUUGAAUGCGAAACCUGUAACCGAUCUUUCGGUAGCGAAGAAGCUUUACAGCAACAUCUACGCGACUCUCCUGUUCAUACGCUGUCUUUUGAAUGCGAAACCUGUAACCGGUCUUUCAACAACAAUGAGGCUUUACAACAACACCUACGCGACUCUCCUGCUCAUCGACAAAAUAUAGAAACCCCUUUAGACGCAUUUUUCCACUCUUACCCUACACAUAUGGGCUGGCACCAUGACCAACACAAGUCACCCAAUCCGUGGAAUGAAUACCAAGAGGCGCUGAAAAAGGAAAUGGAGAUGUGGAUGGGUGCAGAAGACAACUUGACUGCGUGGCAUGUGCUUUGUCGCGCAAUUGAUAUCAAGCCACUUCCGAAUACCUGUGAAGGAUGCGAGAAGGCUACACGACGGACACAUGUGAACAUCAUCGAUCUGAUGCACUACCAACGGAGCAACAAGGGAAGAGUCCAGACUUUCCACAACGUGCAAGAGCUGCGAGCCUACACCUUGAAGACACGAAAGAUAUUUCCCAAUACAUUAGGCUCAAGCAGCAGCGUUGUCUUAAGACACCUACUUCGGUACAUGUUUCGCACGAGCUCUUGA